AUGUCGGACGAAGACUUGGACCGGGAGUGGAAGCCCAGUAACAGACCGCAAUCAACUAUGGCCAGAUCAUUCUCCCUCGCGCUCAACGAUCUUUUCAAGAUAGAUAACAGCAUCGCAGACCUGGAUGCAGCUGUGUCAGAGAAAAAGAAAGCAGUCUCCACCCAAACCUCAGAGCUCGAAGCCCUCGAAGCCAGAUUAAAAGCAACCGAAGAGAGAUUGAAGCUUGCAGCAAACGGGAGUCCAGGGAAAGCAUCUGGCAGAUCCAGUCCGCGACCACGAGUGCCGCUAGGCGAUACCUUCAAAGAACACCCUACCAGCCCUCUAUCCGCAGAGUUUAGAAACAAAGACGGUAGCAGAUACACACCAGGAGAGCUUCCCCCGACUCCAGGACCUAGCGAAGAUGGAGAUGUCCCGCAACAGAAGUGA